UGCGAUUCGCGAAAAACUUGGGUCGCCUCACCCUCCGGUCGAACCCGCACGCCGAACUCCUUCGCAUUGCGCCCAGCCGCUCACCACCCUCCCGCGCCGAGCGUACCGAAACCAACAACACCGGGGAACCUCUCGCCAGCCCACCCUCACUCCCCCCCCAAAGAUGUCUAGCAUGUUCGCGCUCGUCGGCGGAGCUGCCGUUGCGGCCUUUCUUGGCCGGGCAGGACUCGUCGCCUUCAGGAGGUCCCGCGGCGGCGUCGGUGCCCUCGGUAAGGCCUUCUACAAGGGCGGCUUCGAGCAGAAGAUGACCAAGAAGGAGGCGUCGCUGAUCCUCUCGCUCAACGAGCAGACCAUCACAAAGGACAAGGUCCGCAAGGCGCACCGCAACCUGAUGCUUCUCAACCACCCCGACCGCGGCGGCAGCCCAUACCUGGCCACCAAGGUCAACGAGGCGAAGGAGCUGCUGGAGAAGACGACGUCAUAGCAUGUGCUCACAGGGGGCUUGUAUCGAUCUGUGAGAGUUACCAGGAUGGUUGUACAACACAAAAUAUAUUUAUAUAACGACACUUUCAUGGCAAAGGCGUACGGAGUUGGGUAAGGGGAUUGGGUUUUAUAGAGUGUCUGUUAUCAGGUACCAAUGAGCUUCUACGAACUGAAUACCAAUAUGCAUCUCUGCUCAAAAUA